AGAAGUGAAAUAAAAAUAACCAUAGUUCAGAACAAACAAACAAAAAAAAAACCAUAUUAAAACCAAAUUAAAGCUGAAAUUAAAAUAAAUAAAAGAAAAACCAAAACACUAAAAAUAAGGGUUGUUUUUAUUGAAGUCUGUGUGUGUGUAUGCAGCGAUACGUUUGGCCCUGACCUGCCGCAACAAACAAAAACCGCCGGAGACAACUUGCCUGCCAGCAUCUAGGAACCAGUUCAGCUCCAAAGAGGUAACUCCAGUUUUGGCCCCAAACAUUGGUCCUUCUCCCGUAAAAAUAGUAAGGUCAAGAUAUGGAUUUCAAUACAGAUUUUUGUUGCCCACUUUGUAACAGACCUCACGCCAUCCGCCAAUGCUCUCGAUUCAUUGUGAUGCCCGUGGAGCUUAAGCUUCGAGUCGUGGCCCAGUAUUUACUAUGCUACAACUGCUUGGCCCAGUCGCAUAGUCGUGCAGAAUGUAAAAGUAUAGACCGGUGCCGUCGCUGUAUGCAGGACCACAAUACGUUGCUGCACCCUUUGCCAGAAGGUCGAAUUUGGUUUCCCAUGACAGCGACGGUACGCGUGGUUACCCGUAAUCCUAUAGACGUUUUUAUCAAAGCUCUCAUUGAUCCGACUGCAGCCAGGUCCUCCAUUUUGAAAAGUGAAGCCAAUGAGUUGGGAUUUCGAGUUUUUCAGGGACGCGUUACCAUCACAGUAUACCACAGUCGCGAGGAGAAACGGCGCAUAUCUGUUGAAUGCGUUGUAGAUAGCAAGUGCUAUGGCCUAAGCCCUAUUGUUAACUUAGAAAGACCAGAUAGAUAUCCACGACCAAUAGCUGUAGAUCGCGCCAACGCCGACGUUCAUUGGAAUAUCAGUAGCCCUUAUAUGCUGAUUCUAGGAGCUGAUGUCAUGAGUAAAGUCCUGAUUGGACCUGCAACUAGACGUCAAGGACAAUUAUAUGCACAGAACACAAUUUUCGGCGUAGCGUAUUUUGGUGAAGGUGUCAAAAGGACUUAAAGCAUAUAUUUUGCUAUAAUUUGUUGCCCUUAAAAGGCGUUUAAGUAUUACUUAUGUUUUUAUAUUUUGCUAUGAUAAACAUUUAUGUUAAUGUAUAUAUUGAAUUGCAUUCAGCUAAACAAAAUGUAUCUCAUUUAUUUUUUUUUUAUAUUAAUCAUUCGAAUUGAUAUCAUAAUUUACCAUAUGUAUCUAUAAAGUAGUUUUUUUUUUUUCUCUUUCUUUGUAUAUAAUUAAAAGUAAUGAAUUAAAAAAAAUGCUUUAAUUUUGUAGCUCUUUAUAAAAGAAAUGAAACUAUUGUAAAUUUAUCUUAAUCUUAUUUUAUAUUAUAAUAAUGUAUUUUGCACUGCCGUUGCAAGGUGGGCGGUAUGUUUGUGUCUAUCUAGUACUCAUACACUACAUCUGUCCUUCGUGUAAAAUCCCCCCAAUUAAAAUACUGUAUGGCAACUCCCCACUUCAGUGU